AUGAUAACGGUGCGAUAAAUGCCGCGGCCCGCGGAGGAGAACCGCGACCACAAGCCUCGAUGUUGCAUCGUUGACAGUGCUGAGUGCCCGCUAGCGAUUGCUACCAGUGCGCCUCCAACCGCGACGUAGGUGCCACGACGUCGUACAUCGAUCUUAUUUUGUACCGCGAAAACAAACUCACGCAAUUAUCUUGCAGCGAUAACACGAUAGAACGCGCUAUCAGUUCGUGAUAUCUAGCCAGUGCGAUAAGCGAUAAAAGGCAAAGUGGUCGACGCCUGUUCUGUGUUUCCUAUUAUGUAAAAGUUUAUAGUGACUUAAAGAAAAUAUGACUACUAUGGCGGCACCGAAAAAGACGAUCUCCGUUUACGACUACCCCGAGCAUUUGAAUCCGUUCAGAGAAGAAGAUAAUCAUAAUAAGAUUAGGUUCUGGACGAUCGGCCGCAAGAGCAGAUCUAACAGUAUCAGCUUUACCGGGAUUAAGGAAUUAAAAAAUUCGUGGUCCUUGCGGUCAUUUAUGAAAAAGGGGAAAAAAGGUGAACAAGUACAAACAUCAGUCACACAGAACCCGAAGACCAAUAACCACAUAAAUGGCGAUAGCAGUCCGAUUGUGUUCAGGCGAGCUAUGCAAUACUCGUCGAUGUCCAGAAGCACAGUCGGCUCACCGGAACGAACGGACCGCUACGUGUAUGGUGGGUCCGUCACGCCCUUGCCUCGGUCGAGAUUUCAAGAGCGUUUGCGUAGCUCACAACAAGACAUUAAUAAUUCACCUAGUGCUACACCUCGCAUGGCACGUAGUGAUAUAAUGGGAUCAAGAUUAAGUGUAGCCAGCACAAAUCCUUUCGAUGAGCCGCCAAUCCCACCCGUACGAGCGUCGCGACGAAAAAAGAACCGAGCUCCAGCACCACCAUCGGCAAAUUCCAGUACAGUUACAAACGAAUCGGUUAACACUAGCGUGGAUUCUGAACUUCGAAACACCGAAAUUACAAAUAAGACAAUAGACCAUGAUGAUGAUAUUGAUGAAUUAAACCUUAAAAUAGAAUUGCGAAUAGUUGAGGAUGAAGAGAAGAAAACAAGGAAUGAUGAGACGGUUUCUGCAGUUGACAAUAAUUCAAACGAAAAAAUAAAAACCGAAAGAUUAGAUGAGACUAUAAAUCCUGAAAUUAAAAUUAACGAAGAGGAAAAGGAAGGUGACGUAAAUUACUCUAGAGCGGAAUCACAGAAAUUAAGUAAUGCAGAAUCCGAAGACGAUAUCUUGAACAAAGUAUCGUUCUCUAAAGUCAAUAUAUCCAAGUAUCGAAGAAAUUCUAGCGUUAAUGACGACGAUAUUAGACUACGACGUGGAAAUUUAGAGGACUUUAGCCUUUCAAAUAAAAGGUGCAAGAGCUUAACUAAUACAGUAGAUGGAAAUUAUAUUGUUUAUGAUAUAAAUUUAAAUGAUAGUAAAAACAUUGAUGUGAACAGUAACGAAGAACCACAAAAAGUUAUAUGUAAACUGUAUGAAGAAAGAAAACAAAGCAUUGAUAAUUCUGCGUCAAGCACGGAAAAGGAAUUCCUGGAGAUAGACAAAGCUACAAGAGAACUGGAAAGAGAAAUAAGUAAAUUAAAUUCUGCACUUCACGAAGACGACUUGUCGCUAGGUGAGGGCAGGCUUUCUGUUUCUGAUAUAAAACGCAAAUUUGAUAGAAGUGACAUGUCAUCACCCAAUCCUAUACCAAAGCCUAGACGCAGUCAUUACGGUGGAUCCAGUUCACCGAUCAAUAACAAUUCAGAAACUUAAUCUGAGACCUAUUAAAAUUUAUUAUAAUUGAAUGUGGAUAAUAUAUUUUUAUUUUACUAGUUGUUGGAUCUCAGGUGUCAGAUGAAGUAAAUUUAAUCAGAUAGUAAUUUUAUUUUAAAAUUUCUUAUAAAUUGUCCCUCAGGUAUCAAAAUGUUGUAAUUUCCCUGGAAUAAAUAGUGCGGUGCUUAAACGAUACCAUAAAGAAGCUAGUAAAAUAUAAAAACUUAGUAUGCUUAGAUCCAAAUUAUCGUUCCAAAUAUAAUUAUACUCAAGUCCAACCCGUAAUGUUAUACGUAAUGCAGACAAAUUUAAAUAUAAUUAGAACAAAAGAAUCCUGCGAAUACUUUUGUUUUAGAAAUAAUGUUUACUACCAAUUAUUUUCCUUUUUUAGAUGUUUUACGAAAUAACUUCUGUCUACUACCUAUAGGUAUUUAAUUCAUAAGUAGUAGAAAUAUUGCUAUUGCUAUAUAUUAUAUAUUUUACUAGGUAUAUUAAGUUAUUAUAUAAAGUAAACAUCUAAAAUACGGAAUUAUUUUUUCAAACAUCUAGUCUCUAAUAUAAGAGAAAUUAAAAUUGUUAUCCAUCAGUGACUAGAAUUCAAUGUGUAAUUUGGCUAGCAUUAAAAAAUAUGACUAAAUUGUACAACUUAAAAAUUUUACCUUAAUGUAUUAUUCAUAAUUUGCUAUUUUAUAAACCUGGUUUUUUAAACAUCAAGUUGGAGCUUAAGUAAAAAGUUCAAAUCACAUAACUACUAAUAAUAGUAUAUUGUACAUUUGGAUUUGUGUGUACAUAGGUAUAUGUAUCAUACAAUUAGUCGGUGUUAUAUAAAAUAACAUUAAUUUACUUCGCCAUUAGUUAUAAAUAAAAGUCAUGUUAAUAUCAUUAUAUCAUACAAGGGACAAAAGUAGUAGUAUUGUGAUAACGUUUUAUAUAUAUUAAUAUCGUUAUAAUAUUAUAUUUAUUUAAUAUGCUCUGUUUAUUAUAUAAUUGCAUAAUAAUUUUUAUGAAGCGACCCUAAGCCUAGUUCAAAAGCCUUCUACUUUCGUAGUAACGGAACAUAAAAAUGACGUUAUUUGCAUUUCUAAUCACCAACUCUUCCGUAAAAUAUGUAACAAUAGUCAAAAGUAAAAUAUAAGAUCAAAGAAUUUAAUACGUUUAUUAGUCUUGGCACAUAAUUCGUAACGGUAUCCAAAAUAACAUAUAGCGCUUAUAUAUUAUUAUCGCCUUAAUCAUUCCUGCCAUUUCGAUUAUGAAAUUAUCUAAUUUGGGAAUCCUUCUUUCCAAAUUAUGUCACAUUAGAAUAUUUGUUUGUUAUUGUUUAAUAAAGAGUAUAUAAAUAAUACCAAAGCAUUUAUUGCUAUGUUAGUGGCAUUAUAGGACUAGUUAAAAUAUUUAUUUUAAUUAAUUAAUCAAUAAAUGCAUGAUAAAUCAUAACAAACGGCACAACGAUUGUGUGAUAUAUAAAAGAUUGCUAUUUAUAUUCUUGGGUUUUAUAUCAUACACUGUUAAUAAAUAUAUUUCAGUUAAAAA